AUGGCUACAGCUGAAGGGCCCUCACGGGCGCACGAUCGCAACGGUCGCCGCCGCCCAUUCUCCAGUUGGAUGAAGCGCCUCGCAAGCCUCAAAGGCUCCUCCGAAUCCGGUUCAAAUCGCUGGUCCAACAAACGCUACGGUUCCACCAAGGGAAAGAAAACCCAAGUCAACAACAACCCUUAUCCACUAUCUGGGAUCAACCGGCAAUCAAAUACAAAUGGUUCAUAUGAAGACAGUGAGCGCAACUGCAGAGAGUCUCACUCUCGAAGCGAUCCGUCUUUGGUUUAUUCGGGCUAUGAGAACCAUGUUCCUGGGACGGGCGCGAAGUCAACAGCCCCCACCAUAUCAACAAUCGGGGACACCGCAAUUUCAGAGGCAGCCUAUUCCAAGGCGGGCACAAUGGCGACAAUGGGUGGAGGCAUUAGUACAAACGGAGGAGGCGAGGGCAGCACAUUCUCCUCCCCGAGCCCGUCAGUUCGGUCGUUGACCACCACCUUGACAACGGUUCAGUCGGCAGCCCCUUCGACACAGUUAUACCCUGCGCAGAAUGCACCGAAUGGCCAGGCAAAUGGACACUCGACGCAAAGUUCUGUAAGCCAGCAGGUUCAAUUUUCUCACCAAUUCCCAACUUCGUCGUCCUCCCCCGCUACGGCUGUGCCCCCACAUCUCAUACCCCACAGUCAAUCCAUGACAUACUCUACGGCAACAGCGAAUAAUGUCUUGACCGACAACGCAUCGAUCCUUACUCUGGCCAGCUCUUCGAAACGCCGACGCAGGAACUCCCUCGAUACCAAUGCCUCAGUGCGUGCUCUGGCGCCGUCGUCGGUGUUCGGUGGAAGUCGCGAGAGUCUGCCACUGAGUGUGCUAAGUGGGAACGUGGUCGAGCCAUCCAAUGCAUCUGUUCUCAACGCCCAGGGUGUUUUGAGUCGUCCCAGCAUCGUCGGACUUGCCAAUGCCGAACGCAUUAGUGUCUACUCGUCCUCUGGUGUCAUACCUAUUGCUAACACUGCGGGCGAACGAGGAAGCCUCUACACGAAGCCAACCGCGACCGCAGGUGAUGGGGCCAGUAUCCGCAGCGCUGCGCCCUCGCAUGGUCGCAACGAUAGCACAGCUGCCAGCAUUACCGGAGUGGGCAGCCCGCUUGCCAUGGCAUCUGGCCGGGUCAGUCGCAGAAGCUCCGGGUGGGGAGAAAUCACCGGUGAAGAAUCACCAGAAGAGAGACAAUCUAGCGACCGGAACGACGAGAAACAAACGUCAAAGGCCGACGUAAGCUUUCAAGAAGAGCCUAAAGAAUAA